AUUAGGGAAACUGGUUUCAACCUAUAAUCAACUAGCCAGAGACUGCGUUAUGGGACAUCGAUCUUAAUUAACAGUUUUUGAGGCGUCCACCCCCUCCAAAUCCACGACCUAACAUCGACUGAAUCAGUUUUCAAACAGCUAAACGUUAGACCAGGUAAAAAAACUUUUUGACAUCUCCUAUCAGUUCAACACUCAAUACUUUAAGUCAAAUGUGCGUCAUGACAUGUGUUUAGAACAAGAGUUUAGGACAUCUUUAUUCAACAGUUAAAACGUAUUUCAAUUUAAAAAAGUUUCACAAAUUAUGUCGUAGAGUCGUAAUACGUGUCACUUCAUCUGUUAGACAUCAUUUUUUUUCGGUAUAAAAUAUUAAUUUGUUUUCUAUUUAUUUGUAAACUGAUCUAUUUUUAGACGGAUCUAUUUUUAGACUGAUCUAUUUUUAUUUACAUUUUUCUAUUGUAGUUUUUAAUUACAGCUCAUGAAAACACAGUUGGACCUUCACAAAUUUUCAUUAAAAAAAUGUUUCGUGUCGUUGUCCUCGCUACAUUAAACUAUAACUCUAAACAUGUCUAGUAAGUGACACGUCUUGUUGCAUCGUGUAGUUUAUGUUUCUAACAUCGUUAAUUGUAUCAACAGUUCCCGUGAACAUCGACAAUGUUCAUAGACAUCUUUUAUUUCGCUGUUCUGACAACGUGUGUGGCCAGCGGUCAGGACCUAAUCACUGACCAGGAUGAGGUCAAAUCAUUUCUUGACAACUUUGACCGUCAGGCUGAGAUUGUUUUCAGCACAGAAGCUGAAGUUUCUUGGAUCUUCUACUCCAAUAUAACUGAGUACAACCAGCGGCAAAUGGUAACAAUGUAACCUACAGCUAAUCGUAGCAAUUGAACCUAUAAGUAAUGGUGAAAAACAAUGAAUUUAAUUUUAAAAAAUUGAAUCACCUGUUUUUAAAUUUUUAAUUAUUAUUGAAUUAGUUUGAAAGAAUCUCAAGUUUUUAAUCCUGAAUAUGAGAAAACUAGAUUUAGUUGUUAUGAACGUACUUUCUAAUAACAAUUUUUUUUUUUAAUAUUUAUUUUAAAAAACUUACUUUGCACCCUAUGAUCCUUUAAAAGAUAAAAGAGUUAUAACCACGGAAAAGCAUACAUCGUAAUAAAAUUACACACCAAUAUACAUAUAUGCCACCAUAACAUAUACACAACAGGGCCGUCGCCUGACUUUUGGAUGCCCUUUGCUACUUUUCGGAUUCGUGCCUCAUGCAUUCAAAUUAUUAUUCGUUCCCCACAUAACAACUUUGAGCCCCUUAAAUAUUUGAGACAACCCUCCAGCCACAGGGGUUGCAAGUUGCAAGACCCACGCGGGGGUUGCAAGACCCACGCAAGGGUUGCAAGACCCACGCCAGGGUUGCAAGGCCCACUCAACAUCUCUUAUACACCCAGUUAAGCAUCUAAGUAAAACACUAUUUGACUUUAACGUCGGAAAAACUGUUGCCUUUUCCAGCUUGUCCAACAAAUGAUGACCGACAAGUUUGCACAGGAAGCGUAUACAAACGCCACCCAAUACAACCUGACCGCGAUGAGUCCCCAAGAUAAGAGACUUUUCACCAAAAUCAAGGAAAUGGGACCAGCUGCAAAGAGCAAUAGAACCACACUGGAUCGUGUAAGAGCAAAGGCGAUCAUAGUUUUGAAUUAUGUAUUAACAUUUGCCUGUGAGAUUGAGAUAACGCUUUACAUUUGACUGAUGUAAGUAAAACAAAAGAAACAACAACAAACAUACAAAACGAAGAAAGAAACAUGUUUAAGAGGCAGCCGUCAAUUUACUAGCUGUAUCGGUGACGGGGGUGGCCAUCUGCAGCUGUAUCGGUGACGGAGGUGGCCAUCUGCAGCUGUAUCGGUGACAGGGGUGGCCAUCUGCAGCUGUAUCGGUGACGGAGGUGGCCAUCUGCAGCUGUAUCGGUGACGGAGGUGGCCAUCUGCAGCUGUAUCGGUGACGGGGGUGGCCAUCUGCAGCUGUAUCGGUGACGGAGAGGGCCAUCUGCAGCUGUAUUGGUGACGGAGGUGGCCAUCUGCAGCUGUAUCGGUGACGGAGUGGCCAUCUGCAGCUGUAUCGGUGACGGAGGUGGCCAUCUGCAGCUGUAUCGGUGACGGAGUGGCCAUCUGCAGCUGUAUCGGUGACAGAGGUGGCCAUCUGCAGCGGUAUCGGUGACAGGAGUGGCCAUCUGCAGCUGUAUCGGUGACGGAGGUGGCCAUCUGCAGCUGUAUCGGUGACGGAGUGGCCAUCUGCAGCUGUUUCGGUGACGGAGGUGGCCAUCUGCAGCUGUAUCGGUGACAGGAGUGGCCAUCUGCAGCUGUAUCGGUGACGGGGGUGGCCAUCUGAGCUUUGACGAUCUUUUUCAUUUAAUGGAUAGAUAUACCUGCUCAAAAAUCGGUGGAAUAAAAUGGACGUCUUAUUUGUAAUGAUUUAGAAUAAUAAUAUUGAAUUAUUUCAUCGUUGUUCAUCACUUUGAAAUUGCUGGCGUAUUUCGGCAUUUUCUUUUUGCAACGGGUCCUAACAGAGGAGAGCUCAGCUGGGAUUUUUUUUUCAUGGUUUAAACUUUGAUUAGUAGGUUUGAGUGAUAAUUGUUGCAGUGUGUUACUGAGUGAACUUUGUGACCUGAUUGGCCUUUGUUGUUGUCACGUCGUAUGACUGGAUGUGGUGAGAUGUUUUCAUGAAUGUUUAAAUUUAAAGAUGUGAAUAUUGGGUUGGAGGUAUGUGAUUUGAGGUAUAAAAAAGAAUGUAGAAUGAGGAAUAGCGAUUGGUUGUUACACAGACCAGUUGGGAUCAUAUAUUACUAUCACAUUAACUUUCAUACGGGCACCAAUCAGAGCAAUGGGAAAAUAAAUGACAAGAUAUGUGUUAAGCAUGAUCUGAAAGACAGAAAGAAGUUUUGCUCUUUAAAAAAAAAUGUAUCUCAAUUAUAUUAAUGAACCCAACAUAUUUUAUGAUCAGCUCAACAAAAUCAAAAGUGAUAUGGAGACGAUUUAUAAUACAGCAACGGUAACAAUGCCUUCUGGGGAAAGUCUACCUUUAGAUCCAGGUAAAAGAAGUAAUAUUAUGCUGGAAACUCUUUUGUUGGAAUGAGAGGAGAAAUUAAUCGUUCAAUGUUGAUUGGAUUUACUACUUAAACAGAUGCAAACAAAACUUUGAAUUUUAUGCCUUCAUAAUAUCUCAUUAACGCGUGGAGAGCUCAAACCUAAUGUAAACGGAGAUGAGUGCAACCAACGCAAAGUCACUGAUUGUUGUUCACAGAUUUGACAGAAAUUAUGGCCAAUUCAAGGAACUACGAAGAACUUCUGGCGGCGUGGGUUGGGUGGAGAGCUGAGUCUGGUGCCAAGAUCAAACAGUUGUACGUUGAGUACGUGAACUUGAGCACGGAAGCUUUGCAAAUGCUGGGUAAGCAAAAGAUUAAUAAGACACGAACGAAUUGUGUCAAUAGAACAAUAUAAGUUCCGCUUUAAUAAUAAGUAUACAUUAUACACAAUUAAACGUUUCGGCACAUCAGUACAAACAAACAAAAAACAUUUAAAUAAGUAUAAAUUAAAUUUACAUAAUAUCCCUAUACAUAUCCUACCUAAAACUGAAAAAAUAUAGGAGAUGAAUGAACCAAAUCCACAAUUUUACUUAGCUGCCAUGUCUUUUCCUGUUUUGUUUUUACAAUUAUGUUAAAAUCACUUCCUUUCUACUCCUCUUUACUUUGUUUUUGUCUGGUUUUAGCGCCCUCUCCUAUAUUUUUUCUGUUUUAGGUAGGAUAUGUAUAUUGAUAUUAUGUAAAUUUAAUUUAUACUUACUUAAAUGUGUUUUGUUUGUUUGUACUGAUGAAGGCAUGUGUGCCGAAACGUUCAAUUGUGUAUAAUGCAUAAUUAUUAUCAAAGCGGAACUUACAUGGUUCUAUUGACACAAUUUGUUCGUGUCUUAUUAAUCUAUUUUAAAGCUUUAUCGCAGUCCAACACUUUUUAUAAUUGGGUAAGCAAAGCUCAUUUCAUCAUUUUCUGGGGUUUUGUUUUAAACAAAUAUAUUAAUAAAUGUGCCAUUUUCUUUAAACAAAUAUAUUAAUAAAUGUACCAUUUUCUUUAAACAAAUAUAUUAAUAAAUGUACCAUUUUCUUUAAACAAAUAUAUUAAUAAAUGUACCAUUUUCUUUAAACAAAUAUAUUAAUAAAUGUACCAUUUUCUUUAAACAAAUAUAUUAAUAAAUGUACCAUUUUCUUUAAACAAAUAUAUUAAUAAAUGUACCAUUUUCUUUAAACAAAUAUAUUAAUAAAUGUACCAUUUUCUUUAAACAAAUAUAUUAAUAAAUGUACCAUUUUCUUUAAACAAAUAUAUUAAUAAAUGUACCAUUUUCUUUAAACAAAUAUAUUAAUAAAUGUACCAUUUUCCAAUUGUGUUUAUGUCUUCACUGAUCCAACUGUAAAAUCCCGAAGCAAUAUUACUGCAAGUGAUGUUUAUUCUUUCAAGAAAUGUCCACGUUUUGUCGUUCGUUUUAAUAUUGUGAUGAUUCCACAAUGUUAACAUCUCGUACAUUUAGUCCUCAUUUUUCUAAUAAUCUUGUCCAAAUGCUGCUUUGUGAAUAUUAACUGAAAUACAUAUUUUAUUUCUAUUUGCUAAGAAAUUAGAGGGAUAUUAGUGUAAGAGUUAUGGCAUUUAAAGCUUUACAUGAAGUACUUUUUAAAAAUAGAUUCAUCUAGUUAAUAUUUUUACAAGACUGGCCGCCAUGAUUAAGUAUGGAGAAUGGUGUGCUGGAGAUGAGUUCUUUCUGAUUCAUAUUGAAAUAGUUAAACUUAAUUUAAAUUUAAACAGGCUACACUGACACCGGUGCCUACUGGCGCUCCUGGUAUGAAACUCCAACCUUUGAGGAUGACGUCAGAGCAUUGUUUGACCAGCUCCGCCCAUUGUAUGAACAGCUGCACGCCUACGCCAGAAGAAAACUCAAACAAAUCUACGGGAGUGACAAGUUUCCAUCUUCUGGUCACAUCCCAGCACAUCUUCUAGGUAAGUGGUAUAUAUAUAUAUAUAUAUAUAUAUAUAUAUAUAUAUAUAUAGAUAGAUACAAAUUGUAUUCUACAGUUGAGUCAACAUCUAAUCACGUCCUCUGGAGAAUUAGUGCAAAAACUACGUUCAUUUUUCAUGGUAACCUAAUAAAAAGAUAAUAAUGUUCUUAAAACUAGCCUAACUCAUUUCAUAUAUCGUUUAUGGUGCACUUAUACAUUAAUCGCUUAAAGGCCUCGGUGGAUGUGGGAUCAAGUUUCACGUCAAAAGGAAGACACCUUUAUUCUAACGGACUGGUGUCAAGUCCUACGCAAUAGAAAGAGUAAUAGAGAAAUCAAUUAAAACUAGACAAAUUUUUUUUUACACUCCGUCUUCAGCAAUGCACAUGGGAACCUACCGACUUACACGGUCGUCGUGGUCUCGCAUAAGUCGUGAUUCGGUGCAAAUAGCGUUGGCAGUUUGUGCAGCGGAAAUUAUUUCAAAUAAUUGCGACUGAUAAGGCAGCUACUAUUUUGGCGACUCUCGUUCUCAGAUGCGCAUUAAUUUGAAAUCCCAAGUAUCACUUCGCUAGCGUAGUUUAAUAAACUAGUUGUAGCUCGCCAAACAUUAGCAAUGCGUAAACAUCCACGCCACUUGAUAAGUUACUCGACAAAACAUGAACUCAAGUGACGUACAUUUAAGAAUCUCCCUUUUUGCUACGUCCCCCACCGCCCACAAUACUUCACUGCACACUUUUAUUUCACGCCCAUGUGAAAUUUUUAAUAUUCUAUUGUCCAAAUCACUUUUAAUCCAUUAUUUAUUAACCCAUAUUUAAAUUGAGAGAGUUUAAUUUUCCGAAAAGGAAAGAAAAUAUUACGCACCAAACGCAGUUGCGUUAUUAAAAAAAAAUGUCAUUGAGCGUAGUUAUCGAGAAUUAUAUUUUGCGUCGCUAUCCAGAAUUAUAUUUUGCGUCGCUAUCCGGAAAUGGAAGCAGCUACACCACAAGCAAAAUAUAUAAAAAAUAUAUUUUUCAAGACCUCAGACUUAAUCCAAUAAUUAUGUUAAAUAUUUUAAGGGUAAUCGAAGUUUGGAGAAACCGUGGCACGAUCGCGCGAUAUCCGAUUUCGCGUUAUCGCGUGGCGCAUUAUAGUAGGCCACGUUAUUGCAGGGUGCGUAACUGCCGGCCGUGUGUUUGUGGGGUGCGUAACUGCCGGGUGCGUUAUUGUGGGGUGCGUAAAUGGCGGGGGCGUCAUUGCCGAAAGCAGUAUAGUGGGAAUCUGCUGUAUGUGAUAAAAGUCCAUGAAUUUGAAUGAGAGCUUGAACAAAGAGACGUUUUUGUCAUCUGAUGUAUUGUUACACACAACUUGAAACAUGACGUGAAAAAAUCUACAGCAGCUGGAAAUCCAAGCAGGGAAAAGAAAAGCAUUAGUUAGGUCUGAGUGGAAGGAAGUAGUGAGGUUGGCCAGAGCCCUGCAUUAGGCUGUAGCACAACAGGGAUGGAUGAAAUGUGUAAAAAAAAUGUAUUUAAUUAUUCUCCCCAAGUUCACGUCUCUAAUAAAUGUCGUUUUAUAAAUGACCUGAGGUCAAGAUUUAACAAAGGUUCUCACGCCUAAUUAUCAAAUGUAUGUUCAGUUGCUUUAUGAUAAAUUAAUUUUAAAAAAAUAGAAUUUAACCCUCGCCAUUAGUCUGGAAUAGAUUAAACAUUAUGUCUUUAAUCUGAAAUCAACAUAAUCGUGAAUUACACAACAGGCAACAUGUGGGGGCAGGAGUGGAACAAUCUAAUUGAAGAAUUAACUCCAUUCAAAGGUAAACCAUCGCUCGACAUCACCGUCGAAAUGGUCAGACAGGUAGGGUAAUUUUAAUUUUUUUUAAAAUAGUUUUUGUUUGUUUCUUGUUUCAAUAUAAUUGAAAUUUAUAAUCUCCAACACUUUGACAGUAACAUCUCUAGCACUUUGACAGUAACAUGUCCAUCAGUUUGACAGUUACAUCUCUAGCACUUUGACAGUAACAUCUCUAGCAUUUUAACAGUAACAUAUCUUGCACUUUGGAAGUAUCAUCUCUAGCAGUUUGACAUUGCCAUCACCAGCACUUUGAUAGUAACAUCUCUACCAGUUUGACAUUAACAUCACCAGCACUUUGAUAGUAACAUCUCUAGCACUUUGACAGUAACAUCUAGCACUUUGACAGUGACUUGUCUAGCAAUUUGACAGUUACAUCUCUAGCACUUUGACAGUUACAUCUCUAGCACUUUGACAGUAGCAUCUCUAGCCCUUUGAUAGUAACAUCUCUAGCACUUUAACAGUAAAAUCUCUAGCACUUUGACAGUAAAAUCUCUAUAACUUUGAAAUUAACAUUUCUAGCACUUUCACAGUAUCAUCUUUUGUUUGACAGUAACACCUCUAGCACUUUGAUAGUAACAUGACUUUAUCUUCCAGAACUACACGGCACUCAAGAUAUUUCAGACGGCCAACGAUUUCUUCAAAUCUCUGGGGAUGAUAGAAAUGCCCGACAGCUUCUGGAGUGAUUCCCUGUUGGAAAAACCCAAAGAUGGCCGUGACCUCGAUUGUCAAGGCAUCGCCUGGGAUUUUUUUAAUGGCAAGGAUUUCAGGUGAACGUGUAUUGGACAUUCAAACAUCCUAAUCCAACAUUUUAAGUGUGCACGUCUUUCAAGUGAUACAUUUUAUCUUGGAACGUUUUUCAAUAAAUACAUUUUAAUUUCAAUUACAAUUUGAUCGAAAUAAUUCCUAGGAUUCAACACAGUGUUCAUUGGGAUUUUCAGAUUUUCGCUUUCAAAAUAUAUGGACUUUUUCUAAACCAAUUUACCCUUUCGAAAAUAAAAAAAAUUAAAAAAAAGGUUUAAAAAAAACCCAAAAAACAACAAUUUUGUUUGAUUAACAAUGUGGAUGAUAAUUUGAAAAGUUAGUCCUGUUUGAUAAUGAAUCUGACCAAUGCUGAAGAUUUUAGUCUUGUGUUUUAUAGAAUUAUACAGUGCACGGUGAUCACGGCUACUGAUUUUUUGAAAGCUCACAAACUGAUGGGUCAUAUCGAAUACGACUUACAAUACAAAGACCAGCCGAUUCUCUUCAGAGAUGGAGCCAAUCCCGGUGUGUGAAUGUUAAUUUAAUGGCUUUGACACAAAAUAAAGAUUUAAUUUUUUUUUUGGUGUACUGCGUCAGUUAUUUAUUGAUCAGAAAGUUAAUGUCUCAUUAGUAAUCUCGUAUGUACUUUCUUAAGCCCUUUUGUCACUUGUUUCUUUAUCUUUAUAACAUAGGAUUUCACGUAGCAGUUGGUGACGUCGUAACGCUGUCAGUCCAGACUCCGGAAUACUUACAUUCCAUCGGACUUAUUCCAUCCGUUAACAAUGAUGAAGGUAAGUUAUACAUGUCAACUUUUUGGAAUAACUUAGAAAUGAUGAAGGUAUUACUCUCUCUUUACUUUCCCAACGCUCACAAUUUAUACACUCUUUUAUCUCUUCCCGGACUAUCUUAAAUCAGACAAGUAUCCUCCUGAUCACCUUCAUUUUGUCUCAAAUCUUUUUUAUUCUAAUGUAUUAAUGCUUCUUUCUCUACUUCAUACCUUUCUAUUUUCUCCGUUUUCCUUCCCCACUUGCUAUGUGUAUAUUUAACACCUAAAAUGUUUAUGUAAUUUAUUGAAUUGGGUUAAGAUGUAUUUCUUCUAUAAAAGUACCUUACAUUUCGACGGUCUCAAGUUAUAUAUUCAUGACAUAGGAAAUCAAGCUUUUCUUUCUUUUAAAGAAGUCUAUGUGUAUAAAAGAUGACGCUUCUAGCAUUAUGGGGUUUAUGGAUUCUUCGCCAAACACGAAAGCUGCAUUGAGAAAAAAGCCUUGUCAGUGCGCGCCUAUAGGAAAGAGCAAUGUCCAUGGACAAAAUCAACUUUACAGAGCACGCUGUUUUCUGGAGACCUCUUGAUCGGGGGGGUGGUAUUCGUCCUUUAUAUAUUUAGAUUCAAAUAUGAGACAAUAUAAGCCCAAGCUAUGAAUAGAUCGCAUUGUAUUGUAGCGAUCGCCCUGGGGUUUCGAUCGACAAGUCUGUGGUGGAUUUCCGAUUAGGAUGCGCUGGCCACCGAACCCCAAAGGCGUUACCCGGGGUACAAAACCCAUAUUGCAGGUCCUGCGUGGGCAGACAAGGGGCAUGCAUGGUUGCAUGGUACCUGCCGAAAAUAAAACAGCACCAACAGGGCUGCCAGCUGUGACGCUUUACAGUUGGAAGUAAAGGCAGAGACAGUGUAGGGAUCAUGAUUGCAACUUGCCAUGAGGCUAGAGGCAAACGUGUAAUCAUCUAUUUGAUUAUUCUAACUACGCAGACCUUAGAAAGCUGCUCAUAGGUAACCGUUUCGUCCCUGCUACUUCGCAAACUAGUUGCGUGGUGAAAAGCAACUGUAGAAACACUCUUAGAGGGCAUCCGAUUCUUCCCCGGAAUGGAUGGGGGGAGAUAAUUAGACUGAAAUUUAACAUCUUUACUCCCCGGGAGAGUCUGCUGCGAACGCUUUAAACGCAGCGUUUUCGAUCGACUGGACGUUCCCGGGCGGGGAAAGCCUCCAACCGCAUAUCCGAUCCAGUGGUUAAGGGUGGGGCGAUCCAGGUCCAGGGAAGUUCUUGGCUUGACGCUGCAUGGUCUGGCGUCAGGGAGACCCGGCGUCUGGGCUAUGUGGAGGAGCGUCGGGUAGGGCAUUAAUAGCUCUCUGAUGCUAUUUCGCAAUGAUCAUAUUUAGAAUUUUAGCGAAGAUUUAUUUUUGAAAAACUUCACGUCGCCCCAGCAAAUUUUUUUAUAGUUUGAUAUUUUUUAUCUUAUAAUUUCAUGGUGUUAAUUUAACUUAUUUCUUGAAAUAUUAGCAAGAAAGUUGUACAUAGAAUAAUGUUUCAAUGAGAUUACUGACAUCGUAUUAUAACUAAGUUCUUAACACAGAAUCUGAUAUCAACUUCUUGAUGAGCAUGGCCCUACAGAAGGUCGCCUUUCUUCCUUUCGGCUACCUCAUUGACCAGUGGCUAUGGAGUGUGUUUAGAGGUGAUAUUACACCUGAUAAGUACAAUGAUGAAUGGUGGAACCUCAGGUAAACCACUGAUAUAUUAAUGUAUUGAUUUCAUUGUCCAGCUGACAACACUAAAAAAAUGGGCCUCUUAACUCUAUCAAAUAAUCAUCCAAUUAUUUUCGUAUAUAAUUCUCAAACAAAAAAUAAAGUUUUCCUAUUGUUAUGUUAAGGAACUAAUAUAAUUACAAAUAAAACAUCCAGGUUCAAUGAUUAAUUUAUUUAAUUGCUAUGGUUAGCAAUGACACCUUUGUAUUGACACUUUUUUAUUGACAACUCGGUAUUGACAUAUUAGUAUGUACACCUUUGGAUAGACACAUUUGCAUUUAUACUUUCAGUAUUCACAAAUUAGUAUUUACACCUUUGUAUUGACACCUUUGUAUUGUAAACUUGGUAAUUACACUUUUGUCUCUAGAUGUAAGUACCAGGGUUUAUCUUCACCUGUUCCCAAUAACUCUUCGGACUUUGACCCAGGUGCCAAAUAUCACAUACCAGCAGAUGUUUCUUACAUCAGGUGAUGAUCGCUUCACGAUGAAUUAGAUUUGUUUCCCUAUUCUUAUAUUUAUAUUUAUAAACUCUCUUAUUUAUCUCCUCUCUCUCUAUCUCUCUCUGCCUCUCCUAUUUCUCCCUCUUUUUUCUCCUAUGUCUCUCUGUCUCCACUCUUUCUCUCCUCUGUAUGUCUGUCUCCUCUCUCUAUUUCCCUCUCUUUCUAUUUCUCCAUGACGCCCUUCUUUCUUUCCCAAAUCUAUCUGUUCCCAUUCUUUCUCUCCUUUGUAUUUCUGUCUUCUCUCUCUCUUUCCCCUCUCCCCCCCCCUUUUUUCUGUGUAUCUUUAAUAAAGGAUAAACCAAAAUAAACGUCACAAUCUGCCUGUUAUGCAAUCAGUCAACUGGAAAAAAGGUGAUGCAAUGAUGAAAAGAGUUUUAAAUCUUUUAUUCGUGUUUCCUCGUGUGUUUGUUUGAUGCAAAAAUCCUCGGAAGGCCAACUGACCGAACUCCCGUGAUCCUAUCGAGCUGAAACUUGACACACAGAGACUCGUCGCCAAUGACUACUACGUUCUUUCAAAUUUUCAGCCCCUCCUCCUACCCUCAAACCACCCCUCCUUCCCAAAAAGUAUGUUUUUUCCCCCAAUUUAAAAUAAAUAAAAAUAUUUGUCGGGACCGAAGAUUCAAGAAAGGUAAUACAGUUUAACCCUUACUAGAAGUUUGAUACGGCUUCACUCUCUAAAGAAAAGCCAUUGCAGAAAUAUUUAAAAAAAAAAAUUAUUUUGAAUGGAAAAUAAAGGAAAUAUGAAACUAAAUGUUGCUAGAAGUUUGCCAAAUAAUACAGAGCGUCUUUUUAAGAAAUGAUAAAUCACGUCCAAUUACAUAAUGCAAACAAACAUGAAUAUAACUGACUUAGACAAACACAUUGCCUUUAAGGGGUGGGUUUUGUUUUCUUUCUCAGAUCCCAUGAACACACCCAAUUAACCGAUGUGGUAUUAAACGUAUUUUACAGUGGUCAUUUUGGCUUUAGACAAGCUGACUCAUGUCUCAGGCCAUUCAUGGCACAUUUCAUCCAUGGCACAGUUCAUUCAUGCCACAGUUCAUUCAUGGCACAGCUCAUUUAUGGCACAGUUCAUUCAUGGCACAGUUCAUUAAUGGCACAGUUCAUUCAUGGCACAGUUCAUUAAAACAUUAAAGUAACUUCAUUGUGAUUAGAAUGAGAUGCAAACAUAGGCACACAUUAAUCUAACUACGCUGUGAAUUGAUUGAGAUAUUAACAUUACAUAUGCAUAUAAAUAUAUUAACAAGCUAUUAACUUUUUACUAAAACAUCUUAUUCCAACUUGUUCUCAAUUAUUAUUCAAGGUACUUCGUUAGUGCUGUGAUCCAUUUCCAGUUCCAUAAAGCCCUAUGUGACGUCUCGGGACAUCAAGGCCCACUUCACAAAUGUAAUAUCUACAACAGCAAGGCUGCUGGAACACUUCUCAGGUAUCUUGUUUGUUACGCCCCCCCCCCUCCCCCCUGUAAGGAUUAUAGAAUAAUAUUUCACGUUUUGGUAUACAAGAAGGGAAUACUAAAAAAAUAAUUUUCAUGUUUCUGUUUGGAUAGCAAGUUGAACACUUCUCAGGUAUCUUGUUUUUUACGCCCCCCCCCCUCCCCCCUGUAAGGAUUAUAGAAUAAUAUUUCACGUUUUGGUAUACAAGAAGGGAAUACUAAAAAAAUAAUUUUCAUGUUUCUGUUUGGAUAGCAAGUGUAUACAAUUUGAAAACUCGCUGAGAAAAUAAUGAUCUUUGAGGUGACAAAAAUCGCAACAAGAUGUGAACAGACUUGAAAGAGAUAAACAGAUUUCCUAGAUAUGCAAUGGACGAGAGCAUCUAGUUUAUAUUGAUUUCUAAUAAAAUGACUUUGCUCCAGCUCACGCAAUUGUUAACUUCAGCUCAUCCCAUUGUCAACUCAACCUAAUCCUGUUGUUAAGUUCAGCUAGUCCUAUUUUUAACUUUAGUUAAUCCAAUUAUUAACUUCAGUUAAUCCAAUUGUUAACUUAAACUAAUCCAAUUUUUUAUUUCCCCAGUAACGUGUUAAAACUCGGCUCCUCCAAGCCCUGGCCGGAAGCCAUGUACCUACUCACAGGACAAUACAAAAUGGACGCCCAGCCUCUCAUUGACUACUUCAAACCUCUACUGGAAUAUUUACGAGAUGACAAUGGCGAAGACCAUGGAUGGACUCCACAGUGUCCCACUUCUACAUAAUUUAGUAUUCUUCAUUUCCUUGAUUUAAAUAACGAAACCGAGAAGAAAUACAUUGCAGAUUUUAAGAGAUUUAAAUUCUUCUUUAAAAAAAGACAAAAAAUAUUUGAAAGUUUUUAAGCUAUGAUUUUUUUUUUUUGCCAAUUUAAAAUCUCAUCAUCAUUUUUGUAUUAUUAAUUACUAGGUUUUUCCGGAAAUGUCAGAGCUAACUAUUAGGUUAAAAGAAUCAAUAAAAGUUAAUUAUACAGGCCACACGGAUCAUGGGUUAUUUGUACUCAUGUUUUUUGUGUGGUUUUUUUAUAUUACAAAAAAAGAAAGACGUGUGGGUGUAUUUGUAUUUUGUUUUGUACAUUCCAUGACUAUUUACUAUGCCUGCCAGAAACAUGGCUUAAUAAAAAGGUACCAGAUUCAGCAGUUGGGCACGGGACGAAUUUAACAUUUUUCGUGAAGAUAGAACAACCGACAGCGGCAAAUCCAAGGGAGGGGAAUUGGCAAUAUAUGUUAACAAAAACUACUGUAGUAUCAACAACAGUGCAGUGAAACACGUUGCUCGUACACCCGACAUAGAACGACUCUGCAUCACUUUAAAGCUAUUUUACCUACCUAGGGAGUUCACCCAAAGCUGCAGGCUAUUGAGAAAUUUUUGGAUGUAAUCCAUGAAAACUUAAUUUAAUAAUAAUUUAAUGAAUAAUUUAAUGUGGAUGUCUCGUGCUCAAAUUGUUAUAUUUACGUGCUGAAAAUGUAAAAUGUAUGUAUUUAAAAACACUAACAACGUCAAUUCAUAUUUAUUAUCACAUUAAAUUUAUUUUAUUUGAAACUUUACUGGUCUCAACGCUGCAAACUUGUCAAUCACUUGAUCUCAAUCGAUAUCCUUCACUGUAUCACUUUAAAAUGAUAAUAGCGCCAGAUCAGAAAGCCUCGAUUGUCCCAUGGUAACUCCUUAAAAAGUUCUCCUGCCAUAGUCUUCUUAAACCUUCAUCCUCUCUCUACCAAAACUUCCCAUUGGUCUGAUUUUUAAACUACCUUUUCAAUCGUAUGUUUCACCAAGUGACUGUGCUUCUCGUGCAGAAACAAUCUAAAGGCCUCUGGGUUGGUCACCACUUUGUCAAGUGUAAAAGCUUCAGUCUGCAGACACUACAGUGUAAGAUUAACUUCCC